UUGGUUAUCUUCUUGAUCAAAGGAAUAAAAUCUUUGCCUCAGGUCAGGCCUCUCUUCCACUCCCUCCCAUGGCUCAGAGAAAUGGGCUUCACAUCGUUAUGUUCCCAUGGUUAGCUUUUGGUCAUAUGAUACCAUUUCUAGACCUCUCCAAGGGCUUAGCUAAGAGAGGUCAUCAAAUUUCCUUCAUUUCCACACCUAGAAACAUUGAUAGGCUUCCGAAACUCCCUCCCAAUCUAUCCCCUCUAAUUAAUUUUGUGAAGCUCACCUUACCUCAGGUCACCAACUUGCCGGAGGGAGCUGAAGCCACUUCUGAUGUCCCAUUCAACAAAACCCAGUACCUUAAGAAGGCCUUCGAUGGUCUAGAGGGAUCUUUUGGUUGCUUCCUUGAGAACUCAUCAGCUCCUCCAGAUUUAAUUAUCCAUGACUUCUCCCAUCACUGGCUGCAACCCCUUGCAGCUAAACAUGGUAUUCCAUGUGCCUUCUUCAGUAUAUUCAACGCUUCAGUUCUUGCCUUCUUUGGUUCCCCAUGGUUGCGUAUGGCCGGAGAAGAUACCCGAAUAGAUCCGGAACACUUUACUGUUCCUCCCAACUGGAUUUCUUCCCCUUCCAAUCUUGCAUAUCGCCUCUAUGAAAUCCUUAAAAUCUCUGAAUCCUUCUCAAGUGAAAACGAUUCUGGUGUGUCCGACAUGCAACGAUACAACUCCGUAGUCCAUGGAUCCAACUUUGUAAUUCUGAGAAGCUGUGAAGAAUUUGAGGGUGAUUCUCUACGUCUCCUGCAGGAGAAACUCUACCGGAUACCAGUUAUUCCAAUAGGUCUACUUCCACCCUCAGAGGAAGAAGAUACUUCGGAAAGCAAAAUUGAUCUGGAAUGGGCCGAAAUAAAAAAAUGGCUAGACAAGCAAAGAGAAGGAUCUGUGGUUUACAUAGCAUUUGGUAGUGAAGCACAAGUGAGCAGAGAAGAAUUGCAUGAGGUAGCUCUUGGGUUAGAGCUAUCAGGGUUGCCCUUCUUUUGGACACUAAGAAGACCAACUGCAGCUGCAGGGUCCUCUGAGGAGGUGGAGACCUUAACCAUGUUACCAUCAGGUUUUGAGAGCAGAAAUCAAGGUGGUCAAGGUUUCAUCUGUUUAGGAUGGGCUCCUCAGAGAAGGAUAUUGGGACACCCUUCAGUGGGGGUUUUCUUGAGUCACUGUGGAUGGAGUUCGGUAAUUGAAGCUCUUGCAAUAGGUUGUCCUCUUGUGUUAUUACCUCUUUCAAUCGAUCAACCUUUGGUAGCAAGGUUAUUGGUGAGCAAGAAUAUUGGGGUAGAGAUUCCAAGAGAUGAACGAGAUGGGUCUUUUACAAGAGAUUCAGUGGCCAAGUCACUGAGGUUAGUAAUAGUGGACGACACAGAGGGGAAGCUGCACAAGACCAAAGCUAGGAAGAUGAGAGAGGUGUUUGGAGAUAAGGCUGGGCAUGACCGAUACAUGGAUGAUUUCGAUCAGUACCUAAGAAUUAAUCAUGGGUGCUGA